AUGGACGUCGACAGUGAGCCAGGCGCUGGAAAGGUUGUGGUUGCUCGUGACAAGACGGCACCGUUUCUGAUCAGGACAUUUGUGAAAAUCGGCGGAUUUCAUCGGUUGACGCUGUUCGAGGAUGGGACGCUUCCAACGACUGACGAACACCAAAUCUUCACCUGGCGCGACGCAACACUGAAAGAAAUCCUAACGACGCUCCGGAAUACCUCCCCGCAUGUAGCGGAAUUCAAACAUCCCCUGGCACGAUUCAGUUUCAAAGCCGUCUACGCAGACUCUGCCAGCAAAGGUCGCUUCACCCAAAAAGACCUCGGCAUGGUCUACUCGCGCGACAUCCUCGGCGAACCCGGGUCCCAUGGUGUCACCGCCCCGCGGCUGCUGCUCGAGGACGAAGAGGGCGGCGGGGGCGCAGCAGCGAACAGGGAUUCCGAGCACCCUGUCCCACGCGAGCGCGAGGAACGCACACUGGAUGAUUUGCGGUUCGUCCCGGGUGAUUAUAUUAUGGUGUCUGUUAUUUUGCCGAAAGGCGCGAAUGUACCGACGGAGUUGUCGAUCAAGGGGAGUGGGGCGAAUGCGAUUGGAGGAGGAGGAGGAGGGCCGCCCGGUUGGCGGUCGGGGCCAUCGCAGUCUUCGGGGCCUCCGGCGGGCCGGGGUGGGGGUGGGCAUUGGAGGGGAGAGUCGAAUGCGCCUUUGUUUGGUGGGAGGGGCCGCGGAGGACGGGGAGGACGGGAUAGGGAUAGAGACAGGGAUGCUGAUUAUGACCGCCGCGUGCCGCCGCCCAGGCGACACGACUCUCCUCCUCCCAGGAGUGGCGGUGGGUGGGGAGCCAGAGGUGGGCGAGGAGGCGGUGGUGGACGUUCGCGGUCCCGGUCGAGGUCCCGUUCGCGCUCGCGCUCGCCACCUCGAAGGCGGGGGAGUUCCAGAGAGAACAUGUCUGUCCCCUUGAUAACGCCGCUUCUAAAGUCAUCUCCUGUAGCAGAGAAGAUUAACACUGCACGAGAACGGGAACGCAAGUCACAUUGGUGGCUCAAAGUCGUCAUAGCAGGCGUUGCCACAUUUGCCCUGGUCUCGCUGGGCCUUUCGCACUAUCGCUAUGGAUCCAUCAUCGGUACACCGUCCACUGCCACCCCCUCCGUUCUGUUCCCUGCUUCCACGACAGGAAAGUUGGAAGAAUGCCCGGCGCACGACGGACCCAAGCCCGCUUCACCGCCCGCUCCUUACAACCCCUGGGCAUACCUCCAGCAACACGAAACUGCCGACAUCCAAGCGUGGCUCGAGUCGAACCCCCCACACCUCGGUCUCAAUCUCAACCUGACAAAGGCUAGUCAAGCGGCGAUCUCGGAUAAUGCGGUAUACAAUAUCGAGACGUUCUACCCGCCCAAGGAGGAGGCGCUUGCGUACCUCGAUGACCCGGAGAACGUCGAGCGGCCGAGGAAGUACGCGAGGGUUACGAUUCACCAUGGGGGAGAGCGGGUGCCGUGCGUUAGGGAUUAUGUUGUGGGUCCUUUGCCUCUGCGUGUUGGCAAUGGGAGUCGCAGUCGUGGAUCUGGACGCGUCGGUGGGUGGACAGAGGUCGAUGUGAAGCCGUUGGAGGAGAUCUACCAUCGGCCUGUCAUCCCGUACAACGCGCGUGGGUUGGAAGAUUUGGUGGAGGCGUUUAGGUUUAUUGAGGGUGUUGUGGAGCCUAUUCGGGACGCUAUGAAGGAUCUCUUUGGUGGGGUCUGGGAUGGAGAGAACGAUACCCUCACAGCUGGACCCGGCGGUCCGUGGAGCUACGACGGCUCGUUCAGGAGGGCAUGGGUAACGUGGAGGUACAACGUUGCAGGCUCCUUCCUCGUGCCUAUCAACUUUUACAAUUAUGUGGAGAUGUCGGGUACGGAUCCUUCGCUAUGGAAGAUUCUAAGGAUCGUCUACCACAACCAAAUCUUCCCGUCCACCGAGUCGUUCCUCGAGGCGUAUCGCAAUGGUUCACUCGUGCGGCAUCCUCCGCCUAUCAUCCCUAGGCAAAAGGAAAACGAAGUGAAACGCCAACUCGAGUGGACGUCGAGAAAGCGUACUGGCGAGCCUAGGGACCUGGACCACCUCCCAGGCCCGCGCGCGGUCUCCUUCGCUGGGCCACGAUUCCGCGUGGAUCGGGAGCUGCAAGGGGAGAGGGUGUUUUAUCAGUUGGCGCCGCAGGAAGCGAUUGCUCAAUAUGCCGGCGCCGACCCGAUCCAAUCCUCCACAGCAUGGCUAGACCGGUACUUUGGCAUGGGCAUCCUCGUGCGCAACCUCAUACCCCACUAUGAUUGUCCGCACGAAGCUUUGUUUUUGCCUGCUGAGACUUUUCACGCUGCUAUGGGUGGGCAUAUUCGCCGCGACAGAGCGAUAUGUGUGUUCGAGAUGGACACGGGGAAGCCGAUUACGAGGCAUGUGGGAGAUGUGGAGGGCGAGAUGGGCGCUGUGAAGGGGUAUGUGUUGGUUGUGAGGAGUGUUAGUACUGUUGGGAAUUAUGAUUAUCUGUUCGACUACAUUUUCCACCUCGAUGGGACGAUCGAAGUCAAAGUGGCUGCUUCGGGCUACCUCCAAGGUGGAUACUGGACGGAGAAGCAGAGGGAUUAUGGGUACAACCUGAGCAAGUUCAGCAUGGGCAACAUGCACGACCACGUUAUCAAUUUCAAAGUCGAUCUAGAUAUCGCAGGAACCUCCAACUCCCUCCUCAAAACCACGAUGGCGCAGGAAGAGGUGACCUUACCCUGGGCAGACGACGACUGGGGCAACACCGUCGUCCAGCAACGCGUCACACGGGAGUAUGUGGCUACGGAGGACGAUUCCCGCGUGCAGUAUGCGAAGAACUUCCAGGGGAUGUAUGCCAUCGUCAAUAAGGAUCGAUUGAACAAGUGGGGGAACCCGAGGGGGUAUGCGAUUCAGCCUGGGCUUUCGCCUAUUAGGAAUACGGUCGUUGGCUCCAAACGCCUCGAGAACAACGCCAAUUGGGCGAAAUACAAUCUAGCUGUGACGCGUAGGAAGGAGACUGAGCCUUCCUCCAGCUGCAUGUGGAAUUUACACCUCUCCGGUGCGCCUGUUGUGGAUUUUGACAGGUUCUUUGAUGGGGAGAGUUUGGAUCAGGAGGAUUUGGUGGUUUGGGUUAAUGUUGGGACGCAUCAUUUGCCCCACGCUGAGGAUUCGCCGAAUACCAAGACUAACAUCGCGACUUCUGGAUUCAUGCUAACGCCGUACAACUACUUCGACUCUGAUCCAAGCAUGGAAUCGAUGAACGCGAUCAUCCUCCAUCCGCCCAAGCCGGGUAGCACUGACCCGGGUGAAGCGUUUGAUUUCCAUGACUAUGGUGUGAAGCAGGAUUUCCAUUGUGUGCCGAGACCUCCUACUCCGUUUAGGUAUGACGCUGAGAGACCGGUGUUUGGAGACCGAGAGGAGAGUGGCGGUGGUGUGCCGGGUGUGCCGGGUGAAGAUGGGAGAGGUGGAGGGUACGACAAGGCGAUGAUAGGUGCGGCGUAUGACAAGAUCCGCUCUGUCCUUCACCCGCUGCGUAUCAGGACUGGAAUUUAG